AUGGGGAAUCAACUGGUGGGCAUCGCCCCCUCACAGAUCUAUGCGGUGGAGCAUUAUUUUUCUGGCCAAUUCGGCUCCGAAAUCACGUUCAGUUCCAACAUGGGUAGCACCCGCUUCUUCAAGGUAGCCAAGGCAAAAACGGACGAGGGUCAGAUCGUGGUCAAGGUGUUUGUGAAGCACGACCCCACUCUGCCACUAGAGGACCACAAGGAGCGCCUGGAGGGCAUAAAGAAGACACUGUCUUUGGCCAAUGCAGUCAACUGUCUGCCCUUUCAACGAGUUGAGCUAAUCGACAAGGCCGCCUACAUUAUGAGAGAGUAUGUAAAGCACAGUCUGUAUGACCGGGUCUCAACGCGGCCUUUUCUUACCGUGCUGGAGAAGAAGUGGAUUACCUUCCAGAUUCUGUGUGCCCUUAAUCAGUGCCACAAGCAGAAAAUCUGCCAUGGAGACAUCAAGCUGGAGAACAUUUUAAUCACGUCCUGGAACUGGAUUUUGCUCUCUGACUUUGCGUCGUUCAAGCCCACUUAUUUGCCGGAGGAUAAUCCCGCCGACUAUACCUAUUUCUUUGAUACGAGUCGAAGGAGGACCUGCUACAUAGCUCCUGAGCGAUUUGUUAAGACUUUGGCCUCGGAUGACGACGGCAGCAAUGGAAACAUGUCGGUCAUUCACACUGAUUCCAUUAUUCGUCUGGCACCCAGUUAUGCGGGAAAUACUUUGCUGCCAGCAAUGGAUAUAUUUUCAGCAGGUUGCGCCUUACUGGAACUGUGGACAGAGGGAACAGCUCCCUUUGAGCUCUCUCAGCUGCUGGCUUAUCGCCGCGGUGAACGUGAUCUGGUGGAGAAGCACUUGGCGGGUAUCGAAAACGAGCGUUUGCGCAACUUGCUGGCCUCCAUGAUCGACAUUCACUCCAUAAACCGAAAGAGUGCCGAGGAUUACUUGGAUCAGGAGCGCGGCGAGCUGUUUCCCGAAUACUUCUACUCCUUCUUGCAGUCCUACUUGCAAAUGUUCUCCUCAACGCCUAUCAUGUCACCGGACGAUAAGAUACAGUGCCUGCACAAGGACAUUGGGCAUUGCAUCAAGGUUCUGACACAGGCGCAGGAUAUCACACCUGAAGAGGACGAAACGGAAAAGAAGGAUCCCACAAUGUGUGCAUCAAGACUGCCGCCAGAGCACGAUGGCCUCAUACUGAUCAUCACAGUGGUAACCUCCUGCAUCCGCGGUCUUAAGCAGUCCAAUACAAAGAUUGCUGCCUUGGAACUCCUGCAAAAGCUGUCGAAAUAUACGACUUCGGAGACUAUACUGGAUCGGAUAUUGCCCUACAUCCUUCAUCUGGCCCAGAAAUCGCCUGCCAAGGUGCAAGUUCAGGCCAUUGAGACCCUGACCGCUUGCCUGGGUAUGGUGAAGGACAUUCCACGCAGUGAUGCCAACGUUUUUCCCGAAUACAUUCUGCCCUCCAUCACGGACUUAGCCAGCGAGGCAAGUGCAGUAAUUGUUCGUGUAGCGUUUGCCCGAAAUAUUGCUGCACUGGCAAAGAGCGCUGUCUACUUCUUGGAGGAGACACAGCGUAAUGCACCGAAUGAGAUGCCGACGCCACGAUACGAGGCGGAAUUAAAUGCUCUUCAUGACAUUGUGAGGCAGGCGGUGCUCAGCUUGCUGACUGAUUCCCAGCCGGUGGUAAAGCAAACCCUGAUGGAGUCAGGCAUCUGCGAUCUGUGCGCUUUCUUUGGGAAGGAGAAGGCGAACGAUGUGAUCCUGUCGCAUAUUAUGACAUUCUUGAACGACGAGGACAAGAACUUGAGGGGAGCCUUCUAUGACAACAUUGCCGGCGUCGCUGGCUAUGUGGGCUGGCAGGCAUCGGAUAUUUUGGUGCCGCUAUUGCAGCAGGGAUUUACGGAUCGCGAGGAGUUCGUCAUAGCCAAGGCCAUCCGAGCGGUGACUAUUCUCAUCGAAUUGGGUCACAUCAAAAAGCCAGCGGUGACGGAAAUCGUCAAGGAGACUGCCUGCUACUUGUGCCACCCGAAUCUGUGGGUUCGCCACGAAAUCUGCGGCAUGAUAGCCACCACCGCUCGCAAUCUCAGCGCCAUCGAUGUCCAGUGCAAGAUAAUGCCUGCAAUUGGCGCCUUUCUCAAGGUUCCGCUCAUCCAAGUGGAGAAACCGCACAUCCUACUGGACUGCUUACAGCCGCCGGUGCCGCGGCAGAUUUUCGACAGCGUGCUGCGUUUCCAGGACAUCCAUCACUUCUUUGGAGCGCUGGAGGAUCGGUCCAGAGUUCGCAGUCAGACUAGGCAGGGAGCACUGCCGCAAUACGAGGAAAUGGGACAAACACUAAGAAAUUUGUUCCGACGCUUAUCCUCUGAGGGAUUGACGGACCUCAUUGAGAUGCAAUUGCUGGCCAUGAAUCCGUUCAUGAUCUCCCUGAAGCACAAGGCACUGCAGGAUAUGGAUGACACUGCUUCUGGCAAUGGACGCAUCGUGGUCAGUCGCAAGCAAGUGGCUUGUCAUGAAUAUCCGUUGGCGGACAAGGCCACAAAGAUGCCCAUAGAAAAUCGAUCCAGCGAAGGACCCGCAUUGGUAUCGCCUGCUUCAGAUGCAGCCAUCACACCGCUGGGUGCCGGCGGGUUAGCUGGCAGUCCAGCCUCCGGAGCUAUAGUUUUGGGCGUUCCAACGGCCAACGUGAGUGCGGCUACCUCGCUUGGCGAAUACACGAUGCCGGAGCGUAACUGCUGGCUGGAGCGAUCAUCCGAGUGCCGCAAGGACCUCGAGUCGCUGACGUCGAAGAUCAAGAGUCGCUACAAUGUGCUGGCCAUUUCGCAGCGCUGCAGCUAUGACAAGCUGGUUACCCCCUAUCCACCUGGCUGGCGGAUGAAUGGCACUUUGGUGGCGCAUCUCCAUGAGCAUUCAGAAUCCGUGAUCAAGCUGGCCUCGUUGCGUCCGCACGGAUCGCUGUUUGCCAGCGGCAGCAUUGACGGAACUGUGCGUUUGUGGGACUGCGGCAAGUUGAAUGGGAACCAAGGAGUGAAUAAGUCAAGGCAGGUAUACUCCGCAAAUACACCCAUCUAUGCUCUGGCCGCCUGUGACAGCGGACAGUCGCUGGCGGUGGGCGGCAAGGAUGGCAGCAUGCUGAUGAUGCGGAUUGACCGAAACUCCGCAAAGAUGACGCUCCAGCAGGCACUGGAUCAGAACGAUCACAAUGACGGACCUGUGGUGGAUAUGCAUGCCUACGAUCAGGCGACGCAGAGUGUCAUCGUGUAUGCCACGUUGUACGGUGGAAUUGUGGCCUGGGACACACGCAUGCAGCACAGUGCCUGGCGACUGCAGAACGAGUUGCGGCACGGAGUGAUUACCACCAUCUGUGCAGAUCCAACAGGCUCGUGGCUGGCCACAGGGACCAGUGGGGGAAAGCACAUCUGCUGGGAUCUGCGCUUUCGGCUGCCCAUUGCCGAGAUCAAACAUCCAGCCGACUCGUGGAUCCGGAAGGUGGCCUGUCAUCCCACGGAGCCAUCAUAUCUCAUUUCGGCCUCACAGUCGAACAACGAGGUGUCCGUGUGGAACAUCGAGACGGGUCAGCGGCAGACAGUGCUGUGGGCCAGUCCGGCGGCGGCUCUGUCUAGCGCCAGUACCAGUGAUCCGGCUACCACGUGCGGCAUCUUAAGUGGCGUCGUCGAUGGUUCACCGUUCAUUCUAACCGGAAGCUCUGACCAGCGCAUCCGGUACUGGGACAUAGCCAAUCCAAAGAACUCCUCGCUCAAAGUGCCGGCGGCCAAUGACAACCUGGCGGAUGUGGCCUUCAAUUACAGCGCUCGGUUAAUCGAUGGCAGCCAGGUAAUCGAGGAGCAAAUUAUUUCCAUGAGCAACACGGCCGAUUCACAGCAGCUGCGCGCCUCCACAGAGGAGAAUCCCCGGUCAGGACCGGAUAUGCCCACGGCCAGCCACCACGAUGCCAUCACGGAUUUGCUGAUGUGCAAGGACAAGGGACAGAUCUACAUAGCAUCGGCGUCGCGCGACGGUGUCAUCAAGCUGUGGAAGUGAGCCCGCUAUAACUCUAGUAUUUAAUUAUUCAACUGUGAUUAGCUUAAAUAAACUGCAAUAUGUGUACUA